CUUCAAGGUGGAGAGAAAAAACCCAGAGUUGAUCGGUCCGACAUCGACGACCAAGGGGGCCUCCGUUUCCAAACUCCGGUGAUUCAAUUCUACAGGAGAAACCCUUCCGCGGAAGGAAAAGACCCUGUGAAAGCGAUCCGUGACGCCAUUGCUAAGGCCUUGGUUUUCUACUACCCUUUCGCGGGGCGGCUGAGGGAGAGCGCCGCCGGGAAGCUGGUGGUGGAGUGCACCGGAGAGGGUGUGGUGUUCAUUGAGGCUGAUGCCGACGUGGCACUGCAGCAGCUCGGCGAUACCCUCUACCCGCCCUUCCCUUACUUGCACAAGCUGCUCUAUGAUGUCCCACCCACUGCCGGAAUCAUCAAUUGCCCUUUGUUACUUAUUCAGGUGACCAAUGAAUUAAAACUGAUUAAAAGGAGACAGGUGACACGGCUGACAUGCGGCGGCUUUGUGUUUGCCCUCCGCUUGAAUCAUACAAUAAGCGACGCCGUGGGACUGGCCCAGCUUUUGUCGGCGGUGGGCGAACUCGCCCGCGGAGAUGAAUCCCCUUCGAUUCAACCUGUUUGGGAAAGGCACCUCCUUAGCGCUCGUAACCCGCCACGCGAGACAUGCGCACACCACGAGUAUGGCCACACAAGUGAAGGAAGCCACACCCAAGCUCACCACAUUGUGGAGAGCAGCUUCUUCUUCAGUGCCACCGACAUCUCCGCCCUCCGAAGCAGCCUACCGCCGCACCUCCGCGGCUGCUCCAGCUUCGAGAUUGCGGCAGCUUGCACUUGGCGCUGCCGGGCAAUCUCCCUUUCUCUACACCCUAAGGAGGAGAUUAGAAUCUCAUGCAUGGUGAAUUGUCGGAAGCGAGUCAAUCCGCCGCUCCCCAAGGGGUACUACGGCAAUUGUAUUGUCUACCCCGCCGCCGUCACAACUGCAGAGAAGUUGUCGUUGCAGCGGGCGGUGGAGCUGCUGAGAAACUCCAAAUCACAAGCAACGGAGGAGUACGUCAAAUCAGUUGCGGAUCUAAUGGUGAUGAGAGGGCGACCCCUUUUCAAAGCGAUAGGGACUUUUAUAGUGUCUGAUUUUACGCGGGCGGGUUUCGGUGAAACGGACUGUUAAUACAUAGUAUUAUCA